UUUUCCGUUUCGCCAUUUUCCUCCUCCACACCGGUGCUCGCGCUGACGGCUACGUAAUCGCCUCCUCUCGGUGACUUCGCCUGUCCAUAGCCGACGGAGCGAUACGGGGGACCCCGCAACGAAGACUGUCCGCCUCGUAGUUGUAUCGCCCCGAAAAAAGAGCGACGAUGUCCUCUGAGGAAGCCCCCGAGUACUCCUCCUUCUUCGCUGUGAUGGGAGCCUCUGCGGCCAUGGUCUUCAGCGCAUUAGGAGCAGCAUAUGGGACGGCGAAGAGCGGCACAGGCAUCGCUGCCAUGUCUGUGAUGCGGCCAGAGCUUAUCAUGAAGUCCAUCAUCCCCGUGGUCAUGGCCGGUAUCAUCGCCAUCUACGGGCUGGUGGUGGCUGUGCUGAUAGCAAACAACAUCUCUGACAAAGUCUCUCUUUACAAGAGCUUCCUGCAUCUCGGUGCUGGUCUGAGUGUGGGCCUCAGCGGGCUGGCAGCUGGGUUUGCCAUCGGCAUCGUGGGCGACGCCGGCGUGCGGGGCACCGCCCAGCAGCCUCGGCUCUUCGUGGGCAUGAUCCUAAUUCUGAUCUUUGCUGAGGUGUUGGGUCUCUACGGCCUUAUCGUGGCCCUGAUCCUGUCUACAAAAUAAGUGUCUGCAUCAAACACCAUCUCAUUCAUUCCACAUCAAAGCAGCAAGAACAAAUAGGAGAUAUUCACCUACUUCCAUUACACUCGUGGGUCUGACAGGAUGGGAUGGCAAUAGAACCGUGUUGACGGUCGUCUUUGACAGCUGUUUCCUCAGUAGAUGUGAUCUAUCCAUAUUGUUUAAAGCCAUCCAGUUGUGUCAGGUCCUGUAUGUACAACACGGGCAUGAAGAUGUAUUGGUUGUUAUGGGAUGAUGUGUGGACAGUCUGCUUGAUUUGUUGUCUGAUCUUAAUCUGUACAGUGAUCCAGAGUCCCUCCACCCCCUGUAAAUGUAGUAACCAGUCUGUGCUGUGAGUAUCAUUGUUUACCUCCCCCCGCCCAGACGCCCCUCCUUUGAAUUUUUGUUUUAUGUUGGUGGUUUCGAUGGUCAUGUUUUGUUUUGAGACUACUGAAAAAUUGUGCACAUUAGUAUUUUAUUUAUGUUCUUUUCUGGGACCAUUUUGAAUCACGGUAGUAAGAAGAUGUUACCUUUUUUUGCACUGUGUAUGAAAAGCUAUGAAGAUUUUGACUUAAACUGUCUAAAUGGAGUACUGUUUAUUGAAAAACCCUAUAUACAUAUACAUAUAGAAAUUAUCUGUGUAUAGUUAGAGUAAUUGCACUGUGGGUAAUUGUUCUUGAAAAAGUGCUUGAAAUCCUCUGGAUGUAGUGUGAUUAAUAAUGGAGGAUGUCCACAUGUUGACAGGUGACUGUAUGUGUGUGCGUGUGUGUGACCUGAGUGCAUAAAGCGUGCAAAUGGAUUUGUGUUUAAUAUGACAUACUGAAACACUAGUAUCGUUUACCUGUAGUGCUGCUGUCUUAAUUUUUCUUUGUUUUUGUUUUAUUUGGUUAAGGUAAGAGCUCAUUGUUCAGCCAUGCCUGUCAGAUUUCCAAAUAAAACUCAACCUCCUCCAGAAAA